AAGAGAUUGCGGAAAAUUGAAGAUCGCCGCAGCCGAAGCCCAGUACGGAAACGACAUCGGAGAGUAGUGUCGUCUUUGUCUUCAUCGUCUCAGUCGUCGGAGUCCUCUCUGUCAUCUAGAUCAAGGACUCCCCCUGGUUCGAGUAUAAUGGAUCGGUCCGGGGGCCACACUUCAAAUUGCACGGUUUCACCGAUUUGUUUACCUUCGGCUGUAACAUUCGAACCUUUUUUUUUCGUACUUCAGGGUAUCAAGGAAGUAUACCCAUUUUCUAAGCCGGUAUCGAUAAGGUACCUUUUUUGUUUUUGGCUGGAUGAUAAGGUAUCAAUGAGCAUACCUUCCGUUUAUCCCGCUCUUCACAGUUUCUGGUCAAGUUGGGACAACGUGUCACAUUAGUGUCGAGCUCUCAGAAGACGUUGUCGAAAUCCUGGGCACACCUGAUAACAACACAUUCAUUUAUUGUCCGAAUUUACACAAAGAUGUAGUUUCCCGUUGGCAAAAAGGUGUGGCCGCGGGGUUGUCUGAAGAGGACAAAAAGGAACUCUGCAACAAGUAUCCUCCCCCCGAAAAUUUUCAAUACAUGGCGGCCCCAAAACUUAACCCGAUGGUUGUCAAGGCG